AUGGCAGUGGCUUUUGAUGCAAUCCUCGCUCGGAUCAAGGAUGUUUGUAAAAGAAACGGUUUGCUCAUUCUCUCGGUGUUGUCGGUCACCAUUGGCUGUCUUCUUGGAUUCUUCCUGAGGACGAGACGGCUCUCCCAGCAGGAAAUUAGUUAUUUCCAGUUUCCUGGUGAGUUACUGAUGAGGAUGCUGAAAAUGUUGAUUCUCCCACUGGUUGUCUCAAGCUUAAUGUCUGGGCUAGCAGCCCUGGAUGCCAAGACUUCCAGUCGACUAGGUAUUAUAACCGUCACUUACUACCUGUGGACAACAUUUGUGGCUGUGAUUGUGGGAAUAAUAAUGGUCUCCAUUAUCCAUCCUGGUGGAGCAGCACAGAAGGAGAGCACUGAAGAGGGAGGAAAGCCCAUCAUGAGCUCUGCAGAUGCACUGCUUGACUUAAUCCGGAACAUGUUUCCAGCCAAUCUUGUUGAGGCCACAUUCAAGCAGUAUCGCACUAAGAGUAUUCCCAUCAUUAAAUCUAACAAAGCAUCAUCUGAAAGCACGACUCGUCGCAUUAUAAUAUAUGGAGUCCAGGAUGAGAAUGGAUCCAAUGUCCAGAAUUUUGCCUUGGAUAUCACUCCCCCUCCUGAAGUGAUUUACAAGUCAGAACCAGGCGCUAGUGACGGCAUGAAUGUGCUAGGGAUUGUGAUAUUCUCUGCCACAAUGGGUAUAAUGUUGGGAAGAAUGGGGAACAGUGGCGUUCCUUUGGUCAGCUUUUGCCAGUGUUUAAAUGAAUCUGUCAUGAAGAUAGUGGCAGUUGCUGUUUGGUAUUUUCCAUUUGGAAUUGUUUUCCUAAUUGCUGGUAAAAUCUUAGAAAUGGAUGACCCUUCAGCCAUUGGGAAGAAACUGGGUUUCUAUGCCAUUACGGUGGUUUGCGGCCUAGUGGUGCAUGGGCUGUUUAUUCUGCCAAUGAUGUACUUCUUUAUCACCAAGAAGAAUCCCAUUGUCUUCAUCAGAGGGAUUCUUCAAGCCUUGCUCAUUGCUCUGGCCACGUCCUCCAGCUCGGCCACCCUGCCUAUCACUUUCAAGUGCUUGUUGGAGAACAACCAUGUGGACAGGAGGAUUGCAAGGUUUGUGCUGCCUGUGGGAGCCACCAUCAACAUGGAUGGGACAGCACUCUAUGAGGCGGUGGCUGCCAUCUUUAUUGCGCAAGUAAACAACUAUGAGCUGGACUUUGGGCAGAUAAUCACUAUAAGUAUCACAGCAACAGCUGCAAGCAUAGGUGCUGCAGGUAUCCCACAAGCUGGCCUGGUGACAAUGGUCAUUGUUCUGACCUCGGUUGGGCUCCCAACAGAUGACAUCACAUUGAUUAUUGCUGUCGACUGGGCACUAGACAGGUUUAGAACAAUGAUCAAUGUCCUGGGAGACGCGCUGGCUGCUGGGAUCAUGGCCCACAUCUGCCGGAAGGAGUUCAUCAAGGACGGUGAUGAGGUGCCAUUGAUCUGUGAAACUAAGCCUAUUAACAUCCGUCAGAUUGUGGCUUACCAGAGAAAUGGCUGUGUGAAGACCAUGAAUGAAUCUCGUGGACCAGAAACAGUGAAAGGGUUUCAGCACCACAUACCCGUACAAGUGGAGCAAGAAGAAAGUCCAGUGGAGAAUCACACUAAGAAACCCAACAGUAAAGACCACUGCACUAUUGAAAUAAAUGAACUAGAAACAAAUGUGUAA